AUGGCGCGACAAAAGAGCAAACCGGUGAAGACGAUCACUGCCAAGCGUCAGUCCCCAUCCCCACCAUUUCUCUUUUCCUCCUUUCCAAUCCUCACCACCAAUCAACCACCUCAUCUCUAUCCAGACCCAAGGACGUCCGGCAAGUCCGCCAAGCAGGCCGUCUCGAGCGUCAAGAGGCCCUAUCGUUUCAAACCUGGCACGGUCGCGCUGCGUGAGAUCCGUCGUUACCAAAAGGGGACCAAUCUGUUAAUACGCAAGCUGCCGUGAGUAUCAUCUUGUGUCGUGAAGGGGGCUCGAAUAGCCUUUCGAAGCGUCAUGACGGCAGAGCUGAUACAAUGAGCCCACCUCAUACUUCGACCUCUCUAAAAGCUUCCAACGCAUCGUCCGCGAAAUCAGCCAAGACUUGCACUCCCACGGACAUGCUCUGCGUUUCCAAGCCUCGGCCUUGCAAGCGCUCCAAUAAGCGGCGGAGCAAUACUUCAUCGACCUGUUCGGCGAUUGUAACCGUGCGAUUCAUGCCAAGAGGGUGACGAUUCGGUUGAGUUGAGGUGGCGAGGGGGUGAUUUGGGCUAGGUUGGCCCAGGGUUCAAUCGAAACCGACUGUGUUGUAGUAUGGCAUCGGUGAACAGGCCGAAGGAUAUGCUGUUGGCGAGAAGGUUGAGGGGCGACAACUUGCGACAGUAUGGAGAUGUGCGUAGUUGA